CUCCUCCCACUCCCCCUCUCACUCCUACGCGCACGCACAGCACCGCGCCCGGCAGGCCGCACUCCGCUCCACGCUCUCGCCCCGCACAAUGCGCCGCCUCAGCCGCGCCGUGGCGUUCCUGCUGCUGCUCCUUCCCCUCGCCCUCGCGGCCACAACCACGAUGGCGGCGGCCGUCGUGGCGAAAGCUCCCGCUGCGGCGGCGGCGCCUCCGAACGUGACGGCGGAGAUGGCCAAGGGCGGGUGCAAGGCGUUCGCGGACCUGAUCGCGGCGUCCCCCGACGCGUCGUCCACGUACCAGUCGGCCGUGGAGGGCGGCAUGACGGCGUUCUGCCCCUCCGACGACGCCGUGAGGGCCUUCCUGCCCAAGUACAGGAACCUCAGCGCGGACGGGAAGGCGGAGCUGCUGCUGUUCCACGCCGUGCCGGUGCACUACUCGCUGGGGAGCCUCAAGUCCAACAACGGGCCCAUGAACACGCUGGCCACCGACGGCGCCGCCAGGAGCUUCAACUUCACGGUGCAGAGCCAGGGCGACGCCGUCACGAUCAGGACGGCCGCCGCCGCCGCGCCCGCGCGGGUCGAGUCCACGGUGCUGGACAAGGACCCCCUCGCCAUCUACGUCAUCGACGCCGUGGUGGAGCCCGUGGAGCUCUUCAAGCCCGCGCCGUCGCCGUCGCCGACGCCCGCGCCCGCGCCUGCCGCGGAUGCGCCCAAGGCUGGCAACGGCAAGGCCGCCGCGCGCCAGCGCCACCCGGCGCCCGCCGUGGCCGACGCGCCCGGCCCCGCCGCGGAAGACGACGCUGCUCCUGUGGACCAGAAGGACGUCAAGAAGAGCGCGGCCGAUGGCGCGCCGUGCUCCCGGUGGUGGCUCGCCGCCGCGCUGGCCGCGGCCUCGGCAUUGGUUUAGCGAUCCAUGGACGGAAGUGCUUUGUUUUUUUUUGUCUUUUUUUUGUUUCUCCGGUGUUGAUCCAUUGGCGUGUGAUCGUGGUUGUGGUGGCGUGCUUCGAGGUUUGUGUUUUUUUUUCUCGGUCGAGAGAAAAUAGUGUAUGCGUGCUUACGUAUUCGUGAGUGAGGGUGAGGCUCAGUGCGAGUUUAUGAGGAGGUGUUUGUAUUUUUGGUUCUGACGGACGAGUGAAAUCUGGGCACUGGCUGAAUUGCCGCUUGUGACG